AUGCGCGCUUUGAUAUACCACUCAUGCCAUUUGGCCUUGAGGAAGAAUCCUCGUACCAUUCAUCUCUUAUAUCGGGGACUUUCUUCGUCAACAUGCAUUGACAAGACGUUUUCACUUCCCGUUGGGAACAAUGGAUCAAUAUCGCUAAGAGUGACACGCCCAAAGAGGUCAAGGGCCACUGCUAAAAGCGAGCCUGAGUCACCAGAAUCCAAUGUCAUUCUCUAUCUUCCUCCCGGGCCCUUAUUCCGGGGACCCAGUGCAUCUUCUGUCCAAACCCACGUGGACUCCACUCUUGACGAGGUGUCCAGUGACUUGUUGACUCUUAAUGGUUCGAGACUGGGGCCACCAAUGCAGCAUUUGCUUUCAUCCUCAACCUCUGCUACUGUUGUGACAGUCAAUUAUCGCUUUGGUAAGGUCGAAGAGAAAGCAUUAGAUGCGCAGACUGGUGCAAAAUCGUCAGAAAAGAUUUAUAAGUAUCCGAAUCCUGUCCAUGACACGCUUGUCGGUUUUGACUGGAUUCAAAACCACCUUAAACCCACACAGCUGGCGGUCUUCGGCUCGCAUAUAGGCGGGUCGCUGGCACUUAUGCUAGCUCUAACAGAAGCCCAGUCACUACAGGCUGUCGCUGCUUUUGAUCCAGUCUGCGACUGGACAAGUCUCGAUGAUUACUGUAUAACUGAGAAAAUAAUGGACACAGAAGGUACGUCAAGUGUCAAGCAAAAACGAUCAACAAGGAAAAUUGCACCCACGGAUUUGGUCCCUCUACUUGAGGCACGUGAAAAGUUUUUCACAUCCCCCGAGAAAUGGUUCGAUUCGUUUGCCUCACCGAUUCUCUUUCUCCGCUCUGCCGGCAAAGAAGUUCCCAAAUCAUUUCCUCAGUACCUCAUAGGCCCUGACUAUCCAGUCCCUGUGCUCAAGAACCCCGAAGAUCAGACUGUUGCAGAGUCAAUUGAUGUCCUGAAUAGAUAUGAUACAUACUCUGAUUUCGACGUAGGUGACGAAAUCGACCCUGGGCGAGUUGUUAAACGCAGAAAGUCUAUUUCUCGGUGGCCACCAUACGGCCUAGAUUACGGCCUGAGCGGUCAAAUGUGGAACGAGCCAAGCCGUGGCAUUGGUCGUUUACAGGUUACCCUUCCAUGGGUGCGAAUCUUUACGCAGGGACAGAACACUAGCCUGAACUCAGAUUCAAAGCAGUCUCGACCAAGUCAUCAUAGCAGAGAGCCAAAUCCCAGUUCCACAGUUCUAGCCCAACAAGGGGUGGAAAUGAUCUCUGCCAUGCGGAGAGCCUGUUUCUGGGGAAGAGAGAAGGGAUAUGGUGAAAGGAGAGCCAAUAUAUCUCAUAGCGAUGAAAAUCCAGACCAAGAGAUUGGAUUUUGGAUUAGGAGUAUUUUUGAUAAGACAAUAAAGGAUUGUUAG